GCUAACUGGUGAGUGUAAAGGAUUUUCCUAGCUCUGUCCCGAUCAGUCUGAGAAGGGAGUGAAAGACAGUGUAGGUUUUGUCUUUGUAAUGGCAUCUGAUCUUAAUUGUAAAGGAGCGCUUAUUACCUACUGCCUGCGUAAGAAAAUUGCUUUUAGAUUUGAUACACCUAAGCAAGAUGGGCCUUCUCAUGAUCCCAAGUUUACAGUUCACAUUUAUGUAAAUGAUGGAUUGGUUGGGGAAGCAUGUUGUGGAACAAAGCGAAUGGCAGAGAAUGAAGCAGCCAAAAUGGCACUGGCCAAGCUACAAAGUCAAGAGCAACCAGGCCUACCACAGGCACAACCAGUUUACAAUCCUGGAGCUGCUGAUCAAACACGAGAGGCAGAGCAUCAAGGAUCAGUUGAUGUUUCUGAACAAAAAAAUGGGGAAUCGCCGGACUACAUGGUAAUAAUGAAUGAAUUAUCCAACAAAUAUCAAUGGUCAUUUACUUUCAUAGAAGUUGACCGCUGUGGGGUACAGCAUGCCCCAGAGUUUUCGCUGAGGAUUAAAAUUGGAAAGACACUUUAUCCUAUAGCAAAAGGAAAAAAUAAAAAACAGGCGAGAAAGAAGGCUGCAUAUUUAGCGCUACUGGAACUAAAAAAUGACUACCCAACAGAGAGCCUGUUCCAGAAAGUCUCCGCAGAUGUAGGAGGCUUUGUGGAUGAAUCAGGAUCAGAAAAUUCUUCGGUGUCUGAAAGCACUGGUGACAAAAGUGCAGACAGAAGAAGUUCCGAAAAUGGACGUGCACCAACAUCAUCAAAUGAGAUAUCGUUUCGCGAGACUUCAGCAGUUAAGUCAAGUACUCCUGGGAGACUGCAAAGCCCUCUUGAUGAGUUUGACAGCAUAACCAAGCUUGAUUCAGGUUCAUUUGGAAUGGUUUUUAAAGCCAGGCACAUUGUGGACAAAAUGUUUUAUGCUAUAAAACAAAUAAAGCUAAAAGACGAGAAAUCUGAAUCAGAAGUCCGAACAUUAGCUCGCUUGGAACAUCAGAACAUUGUGCGAUAUUAUCAUUCAUGGAUUUCAGAGGUCUGUUAUUCAGAUUGGAGUUGCAGCAGUACUGAGAAAAGUGAAACUGGUAGCACACAAACAUGGCUUUUUAUAAAAAUGGAGUUAUGUGAUAAUGGUACUUUGAAGACCUGGAUCAGAGAUAUGAAGACAAUUGAAAAAAACAGAAGUCUUGAAAUUUUUCGGCAGAUAGUGGAUGGAGUUGCAUACAUUCAUUCUAAAAAACAAAUUCAUAGAGACAUAAAGCCUGCAAACAUAUUAUUUACUGAAGAGGGAAAGAUAAAAAUAGCUGACUUUGGCCUUGUGACUACAAUGACUGGGGAACAUGAUGAACAAGCACUGCAGCGUACCCAAAACACCGGGACACCAUCCUAUAUGGCUCCAGAGCAGAAAAAGGACAUGUAUGAAAAUGAAGUUGACAUAUUUCCUUUGGGAUUAAUCUUGUUUGAACUGUUGUGGAUAUAUGGCAGUCAUCAUGAGAAAUCUUAUGAGUGGCUGAAAAUACGUGCUGGGCAGUUGCCUGAAAAGUUUAAAACACAAAACCCGUAUGAGGAAUCCGUCAUUAGAAAAAUGCUAUGUGAAGACCCUAAGGGGAGACCUACAGCCUGUGACUUAAAGAAACUAUUUCUAGAAAAUAACCUUCUGGUUUCAAAAACUGUUUAAAAUAUUUAACAAAAUUCCAGUAAUUGAAGCACAUUGACAUUCAAUCUGUGUCCAUGUAUAACAACUGACAACUUAGAAAACAAAUGAUAUGAACAUUUUAAAUGUGUUAUUUCAGAAAAUAUUGAAGUGGUUUUAACAACACCAGUUGUUAUAACUUUUAAAAAUAGGAUAACAAUUCCCAGCUAAUCUGGGCCUUCCAGAACUUUUUUUGUUUUUAAAAAAGUUACCU